AAGCAGAAACCCCCAGAUCCCGAUCAAAGCUGUUUUCCAUCAUGCCUAGCUCCAGUCGAGAUAAAGCUGCAGAAAGCGAACUGCCGGAAGGGAUAAAGGAAAGGAUUUUGGAGCGGAUGCCCACUCGAGACGCCGCCAGAAGUGCUCUGCUCUCAACUCAGUGGAGGGAUGCUUGGCACCGCCAAGGGCGGCUCAUCUUUGGCAGGGCCUUCUUCAACUCCGUUGAAAACAGUAAAUUUUCUCGGGACGGCCGCCUGUCUGCGGUAAGCAUAAUAAACAACAUUCUCCUCCUCCGGGCAGCACCUAUAAAGAAAUUCACCUUAAACAUAUAUCGCUCAUAUGACCUGCCGUCGCCGAAACAGUCUGAUAUAGACCGGUGGUGUCUUUUUCUUUCAAGAAACGGCGUUGAGGAACUUCACCUCUCUGCUCGUUAUGCCGGACAAAAGUAUAAGGUACCAUCCUGUCUAUUGUCAUGCAAGACCAUCAAGCAACUGACACUUGAUCGUUUCGUGUUUUACUUGCCGGCAAAUGCUCCCUGUAUAUUCUCCGGGCUGUCGUCGUCAAAUUUCAGAAGGGUGGAGUUCAGGGGUAAAGAUAAGAGACUGGUCUUUAGCAUGCCGAAGCUUGAGAAGCUGGAUAUCUAUACGUGUGCUGGUAUUCCUAAUUUUGUCGCCAAAGCUCCCAAUCUUAAAAGUUUGUCUCUAUUUGGUUCUCUAGGGAGGACUGGGAGCAGAUUGCUCAGGUUCCAUUUGAGCUCCAUUAGUAGGCUACAUCUCUGUUUGGAGAGGGCUGCUGCGAUGGCCUCAGUCUUCCCAACUGAGGCAAUAAAUCUGCAAGAACUCAAGCUUGAUGGCUUCAAUUUUGGUUUUAACUACCAUCUUGCCUUUGUGGUCAAAUUACUUAAAAAGUCCCCCAAGCUAUGGGCGCUGCAGAUUAAUAUUCAGGAAGGUUCUGAAAAUGCAGAUCCAACACUUUUGGAGGAUCUUAGUAAAGAGGAUUUGAGGAUGCUUGAGACCCUGAAACUCGAUGAGUUUACAGGAACCCAAAUCGAAAUGUGCCUUGUGAGAUUGUUACUCUCAAAUUCGCCUGCACUCCACCACGUUGUCAUUCGUGAAGCUAUAGAUAUCAAUGAGUCUUUGGCUUCAGCGGCCCCAAAGAAACUGUUAAGCUUUCCUCGUUCGUCUCCGAUAGCACAAAUUGUCUACAAGGACGACUACAAACCCCUGUAAAAGAAAGAUCUUGUGGCAUGUUAACAAGUUAUCGACUUCUGGCCCGCCUUAUGGGAAUAUUUUGCCAGUUAAUUUGACCGGCCUUGUGGUAUGAAAGUUUUUGCCAGACAUGUAUCGAAAAAGUUGAAAUUCCAUGUAUAGAAGAUGCAACUAACUAACUAAGGAAUAGGCUUAUCCUGAAGGUGUAUGGAAAUCGUUUUGUUGUGUACGUUGUUACUGGUAGGCGCUAGGCAGUUCGUAUGUACCGUACGUGACAAAUUGUCUCUCUUUUUGUUUUGUAAAGGUUAGCAAUUUGUCAUGAUCGAUAUUUCACUUCUUGUGUAGCAACUUUCUACUUGAUCAAAUCUCUAAGAUUUUUUUCCCUGUGAAAGCGCAAAAUGGCAAAGCCAACUUCUAUUUCUAUACUUUCUUAAUUUUGAGCUAGUCCUUUUUUGCUAUUCAAUUUGUGACAAAUGGAGUAUUAUUUCUCUCAUAUUAAAAAUUAAUUCAUUAUUCCUUUUACUUAAGCUUAAUUUAUAUUAGAAUAUUCUUUAUACUUUCUUUAGUGUCUCGAUUCCAAUAGGAAUCUAAAUUUGAUUUUGUUAUUUUGAAACUUGUUAAAUAUUAAAGUUGUGAGUUAUUUUUUUAAACUUUGCCUUAAUACUGAUUCUUCCUCACCUAUGUUAAUGUUGAGGUGUGUCAUAUUGAUGAUUGGUUAGUGAUUUAAAAUUGAAUCAUAAAAUCAGAGCAAUGUAUAUAUAUGAAGUUUUUUUUUGAUCGUAUAUAUAUGAAGUUGAAGAGUGAGUCAAUAUCUUCAUGUCAUCGAUAUGUAGUAUGCUAACUAUAUUGGAGGGUAAUUUUUCAGCCAACAAGUUAACGUGUAUUACUAUAUCACAUAGUCUAUUGGGUGGGACACAUUGUAACGUGCAAAAGAUGAGUAUAGCACAGAUACACAUGCUACAUUAGAUGUGUGGAUAUAAUUGAAAAGACUGCUUGAAAAAUGAGACUAUCAGACAAAAGGUGAGAGAAACACUUAUUAAAUAUACGAUGUGUGAGUCUCAAUUGUGAUGGUUUGGUAAUGUUUUUAGAGCACCGAGUGAUGUACCUCUUGGACAAUUUCAUAGGCGUGGGGAGAGAGAAAAUUCAAAGAGACGUGAGUUAGCAAGCAGUUAGAAUCAGGGGCGGAACCAGGGGUGGGCGAGCCGGUGCCGGCGCCACCCCUUCGCCGGAGUGAUUAAGGUAUAUAUAGGUUUAAGUCAUGUGGCGCCCCGGGUCGUCUUCUACCUUCUUCUCCCGUUUUCCUCUGUUGUUUUGCGAAUUGCCUUGUUGCGAUGCUAUGUUUCCGGUUGCUUAUGUUUUCACUUAAUCCAAACGGCAUCGUUUGGUUAAGUUAUAGGAGUACUAAAAUUAAGAACGACAUCGCAGGAGCCUUAGCUAUUGCGUUACUUGCGUCCAAACGGGCAGACCUAAUUUGCUAAUUGGGCUUUGAAAACUUAAGAGAGAAAUUUGAGAAGAGUCAAUAUUUUUGCAUGCUUGCUCGACCUGCUCGUUUCAACAAUUCAGCCACUGAUGCAGCCAUGCAGGGAGCAUAAUUCCAACAAUAAAACCAACAAUUCGGAGUAUAAUUUCAAAAUUUCUGAAUUGUUAAUUUGCUUUAGGCUUUUAACAAUUAAGCUUGUGUUAGAGUGUGUCUUGUUUACUCAAUUACUUCCUAUUUUAUUUCUUGAUUUUAAAUUUAUUUUAAUGGUCUUUAAUUUGUUUACUGAUUUACUAAUGUACUUAAUUACCUUAGUUUUUACCUAAGUUAGUUCUUUAAUUUACUUACUUAAGCUAUCUACCAUUUUAAAUAACUC